CCUCAAUUGUGGUCUAGAAUAGGGAUCGUACAUAUAAAAGUACCAGGACUCAGAGGGGGAGUAAUAUUAUCAAGGUGAAAGACUAGUACAAAGUCUGAAAGGAUCCAUCUUUACCACAAACACCCUCAAUUUCAACGAGCAUGUCAGAUGUGAAUGCGCUGAAAGACCAGGGCAACAAGGCCUUUUCUGCCAAGGACUACGACAAAGCGAUCGAGCUAUUCACAGCUGCAAUCGCCAUCGACCCUUCGAACCAUGUCCUCUUUUCAAAUCGGAGUGCUGCGAAAGCUGGCAAGAGGCAGUGGGAUGGAGCGCUAGAGGACGCAGAACAGUGUGUCAAGCUCAAUCAGUCGUGGUCCAAAGGCUACGCGAGAAAAGGGGCUGCAUUACACGGUGCAAGACGAUAUGAUGAGGCUGUUGCGGUAUAUGAAGCUGGUCUUAAGUUGGAGGACAGUCCUGCCUUACGCAAGGGUUUACAAGAGGUGAAAGACGCAAAGGGUAGGGAUGUAACUGAGUCUUUAGGCCUCGGAAAAUACUUUUCAGACCCAAGCCUCAUUGGCAAGCUGGCAACUAAUCCCCGAACACAAAAACAUAUGGCUGACCCAGCGUUCGUGCAAAAGCUCAAACUCUUCCAACAAAACCCCGCACUCGCUGAUUCAGCUCUCCAGUCAGAUUCCCGCAUGAUCGACGUUCUUGGUGUCGCCAUGGGCAUCGAUAUGCAAGGUUUCUCGCGCGACGAUGAAUUUGACGGGCUCCCACCCAAUUUCAAGUACGGGCCUCCCCCAAAGGCUCGAACACCUCGGACCCCAUCUGCAUCCACAUCGAGGACUCCACCAGCGCCAGCACCAACACCAGCGCGCGCACCAGCACCAGCAGCACCAGAUUACGAGCCCGAAGAUGUUGAAAUGACAGAUGAAGACGCUGAGGAGGCCAAAGCCAAGGCAGACGCACUCGCCGCAAAGGCUCAGGGCACAGAGCACUACAAGGCGCAACGCUUUUCUGAAGCUGCAGAAUACUUCAAGAAGGCCUGGGAUCUGUGGCCAAAGGACAUCACGUUCCUCGGCAAUCUCGGUGCUGCAUAUCUCGAGGCGAAAGAGUACGAUCAAUGUAUCACAACGUGCGAGUUGGCUGUUGAGGAAGGCCGAGGACUCCGUGCAGACUACAAGAUUAUUGCCAAAAUUUUUGGCCGUAUCGGGACUGCGUACACUGCAAAGAACGACAUAGUGUCCGCGAAGAAGUACUUCCAAAAGUCACUCUCUGAACACCGUGACGCUACCAUCCUCGCGAAGCUUCAAGCCACCGAGAAAGCCAUUGUUGAGGCCGAGCGGCAGGCAUACAUCGACCCCGCUAAGUCUGCUACCGCGCGUGAGGAAGGUAAUGCUGCAUUCAAGGGCGGUGACUUCGCAAAGGCCGUGAAAUUGUACGAAGAGAGUAUCAAGCGUGAUCCCUCCGAUGCAAGAGGAUACAACAACAGGGCAGCAGCGUACAUGAAACUCAUGGCACUGGCCGAAGCGCUGAAGGAUGCCGACAAAGCAAUCGAGGUCGAUCCCACGUUCGUCAAGGCAUACAUCCGGAAAGCCACGAUCCUGCAAACGAUGCGUGAUUAUAGUAAGGCUCUUGAAGCUUUACAAGCCGCUUCAUCAGCCGACACCGCCAAUGCACACGCGCAAGAGAUUCAAACUCAGGAGAACAAGAUCCAGCAAGCAUUGUUUACUCAGCGUGCCGACGAGACGGAGGAACAGACCCUCGAGCGAGCCAUGAAGGACCCCGAAGUUGCUCAAAUCAUGGGUGACCCCGUGAUGCAGCAAAUUCUGCAGCAAGCGCAAGGUAACCCUGGCGCAUUACAAGAUCACAUGAAAAACCCUGUCGUACGCCAGAAGAUUAUGAAACUCAUCAACGCAGGAAUUAUCAAGACACGGUGAUUUGCGCGGUCAUGUUUGAAUCACACCAGUAACUGUAGUUGUUUUGUUUGUAUCAGUUCAAAUGACAUU